UUUGGGAGACAGAAAUCUUGAGAGACUUCAUGAAGGAGCAUCUAUACCUACACACAGACCACCUACAGAUUCCUACACCUCUUGGAUACCAUCAACCAAACGGGACCAUGUGGAAGGACACCAGCAUCGAUGUCCCAGGACAGGUGGCCAUUACCGGAGCCUCGUCCCGGAGUACCAACCGUAGAAAGAGGACCAGCUUCUCCAAAGAGCAUGUGGAGCUACUCCGUCUCACCUUUGAGACAGACCCUUACCCUGGCAUCAGCCUGAGAGAGAGCCUGUCCCAGAAAACAGGGCUACCUGAAUCUCGUAUCCAGGUGUGGUUCCAGAACAGGAGGGCUCGGACUCUGAAAUGUAAGGGAGCUAAGAAGUUUCUGUGCCAGUCAGACUCUGGCUUACGCUCCCCUGGUGGGUUCACCCCUGUCCAGGAUCCAGUUUCCCAGCCCCGCACCAAGGGGACAGGGGCUACCCAGCACAGCCUUGCCCCUCUGUCCACCCCCCCCUGCCUGCCCCCUGCCUACCCCGCCCAGGUGAAGGAGGAGGAUUACUUUUUCUAUGGACACUACCUUCCACCCUACCCUGGAGCGGAGGAGACUGGCCUCAACAACUCCCUGUUUGGGUUUAGGCAGGCCAGGGUGCUGGGAUACAGCUCCAGCACGCACCUGAAGAGCCCCGGGCACCAGAUGGUUCAAGGAGCCUGGCCCCAGGCGGUUGACCAGACGACCCCAGUCCAGUCCAUGUGGAGACCUUCUCCUCUGGAGGUGAGGAACUACAGCUCAGGCUCCAGCAACGCCUUCCUCUACCAUCGCUCAGCCGAACAGCAGCCCUUCUACAACAACCCCCAGGAAGCCUAUGGAGGCCCCAUUUCCCAGGCCCCAGCCACCCCGGAUUCCGGCUGCUGGGAGGUUGGACAAGAGAACACCCCUCCGAUGGAAGGCCAAGGUUCCCGAUUGGAUAGCUCCUGGAGAAUGGCUAUGUCUACCCCAGAAUACCCAGGACAAGCCCCGCACAAUGACCCCUUGCCAGAGCUCCCGGCCAUGUCCCUGCAGGAGAUCCUGGGAGAGCUGGAGGGAGAGUGGCAGGAGGGAGAUGGACUGGACAGCCACCCCAAUGGGGACAAACUGGUUUACUGCUGAAGUCUUUUCUCACUUUUUUUUUAACGAUAAUCUCUUUAUUGUUAUUAUUAUUAUUAUAGUAUUUUGUAUGUUUGUGGGAGUUUGAGAGGUGUUUACUGUAUAGUCUGUGUUUCUGUGGACUAAAUGCUCUGAGAGAGAGAGAGAGAGAGAGAGAGAGAGAGAGAGAGAGAGAGAGAGAGAGAGAGAGAGAGAGAGAGAGAGAGAGAGAGAGAGAGAGAGAGAGAGAGAGGAUCAUACGUCCUUAGUAAUUCCACAAUGAUUCAAUUUAUUCUCCCAUGUACUUCAUACCAAUUAAUUUUAGGUUAUCUAUUUAUUUAGUUACCUUAUCGCUUCCUGCACUAUCGUUUCCUGCACUACCCAGACUAUUUGCAUUGCCCCCUCACGCUGCUACUCUCAGUUAUUACCUAUGCAUAGCCACUUUAAUAACUCUACCUACAUGUAGAUAAUUACCUCGAUACCGGUGCCCCUGCACAUUGACACAUUGACUCUGUACCGGUACCCCCUGUAUUUAGUCCCGCUAUUGUUAUUUACUGCUGCUCUUUAAUUAUUUGUUAUUCUUAUCUCCUACUUUUUUUGAGGUAUUUUCUUAAAACUGAAUUGUUGGUUAAGGGCUUGUAAAUAAGCAUAUCACUGUAAAGUCUACACCUAUUGUAUUCGGCGCAUGUGACAAAUAACAUUUGAUUUGAUUUGAUUCGAACAAAUCCAUUGUAUUAAAACACCUUUUGAUUUAGAGGAAGUAAUAUCAUGUUGAUUCAUAAAGUAUCAUGCCAUAAUGAAGGGUAUUUAAAACACAGAGAGACUAAGUAGGCCUUCAAGAUGGUUGUGAAUCCACAGAGUAAGGCUUUGAAUUUACUUCCUUUACACUCAUCUGCAUUUGUCAUGCAUUUGAUCCGUUGUCCCUCUUGCACAGUGUAAAGCAACAUAUAUCCACUAGAAGGUGCUUGUAAGUCACAGAUUCAUAGUAUGGGAAUGCAAGGAGCUGGUCAAUGUACCGUGUAUCAAUUAUAAUGCUGUUUCUGACCAUAACUCUUAAAUUGUCCAUACAAGCUGCUGUAUGAUGUGGCAUUUGUCAUUACUCUUAUGCUAGAUUACCAUAAUGACUCAUUUUAAUUACCAUAUAUUAUAGGAUACAUUUUUAUAGAUUUUUGAAACUCCAUUCUGCUUCUAUAUUAUGUAUUGUAGUGCCCGUGUUUGGAAACUCCAUGCUGCUCUAUAUUAUGUAUUGUAAUGCCCGUAUUUUGAAACUCCAUGCUGCUCUAUAUUAUGUAUUGUAGUGCCCGUGUUUUGAAACUCCAUGCUGCUCUAUAUUAUGUAUUGUAAUGCCCGUAAUUUGAAACUCCAUGCUGCUCUAUAUUAUGUAUUGUAGUGCCCGUGUUUUGAAACUCCAUUCUGCUCUAUAUUAUGUAUUGUAGAGCCCAUGUUUUGAAACUCCAUUCUGCGUCUAUGUUAUGUAUUGUAGUGCCCGUGUUCUGAAACUCCAUUCUGGUUCUAUGUUAUGUAUUGUAAUGUCCGUGUUUUGAAACUCCAUUCUGCUCUAUAUUAUGUAUUGUAGUGCCCGUGUUCUGAAACUCCAUUCUGGUUCUAUGUUAUGUAUUGUAAUGUCUGUGUUUUGAAACUCCAUUCUGCUCUAUAUUAUGUAUUGUAGAGCCCGUGUUUUGAAACUCCAUUCUGCUCUAUAUUAUGUAUUGUAGAGCCCGUGUUUUGAAACUCCAUUCUGCUCUAUAUUAUGUAUUGUAGAGCCCGUGUUUUGAAACUCCAUUCUGCUCUAUAUUAUAUAUUGUAGUGCCCGUGUUUUGAAACUCCAUUCUGCGUCUAUGUUAUGUAUUGUUAUGUAUUUUAUGUCUUUGAUUUAUUUGAUGGUUGACCUUACACUUCCAAUGCUUUCCCCGUGCUGAAAUUUUUUCAGGUCUCUCUCUCAAAACAAGUCAACCUUCAAGAGAAAAAUAAAGGAUAAAUGGUUAAAAAAAAGACUAUAUUUUUCCAACUAUAAUUCUAAAACCACAAUAUUUUAUAAUACAAAUAAGACUGUCUGUGCCAUCCAUAUUUCUAUCGCUCAUGGAUAUGUCUAAUGAUAUUGUAAUAUUUCUAUAGACACCAUAGAAGAUCCCUCCCGUCAUGCGCCAAACUGACCACCCUUCUACAUGACGUGUUACCACACAGAAAGGGGAGACAGUACUGGCAGAGUAUUUUACAACCAGAAACGACUGUCCAGCAUCCACACAAGGACAAACAGGCUGAAACGUUCUACCAUAGCCACUGCCAUCAGACUUUUUAAUAGCCAAAUGUGACUUUUUAAACUGUAAUUUCUUGUAAGCUAGGACCCUUUUCAUUGAACGUAAUACCCUGUGUUUUUGUUUUUUGAAGGUUUUGUCUAAAUGUAACUGGGCAUUCUGCAAUAUUCAGUCUUGUCGACUGCGAGCAUGAAUGAAAUAAAUCAAAUCGAAUCAA